AUGGAGGAGGUUGUUCUGGUAGAACCUUGGUUCAAAAUCAACGCUAAACCAUUCAAACAGGGCCUGAGUAAUUGCGUGAAACGGUGGAGCCUCCUGUUCAAGAACUACUUGGUCGACUUCGUGACUAACAGCUUAAGUGAUCUGACUGAAUUCAUCAAGAGUUCGACUGAGACGCUGCAAGAUGAUCCGAAACCCGGUGACUACGAUCGCCUGGUGGAGGCGAUGAGCUGCCUCGGCGCCGUAAAAGCCCGUCAAUCUGCCACCGACUCAAUGUUUGAACCACUGAAGGAAACUGCUGAUUUGCUGAAGUCCUACGGCCAAGAGGAGCUGCCUCGGAGGUGGAACAACUUAAAGAAGAGAGUUGUGCUGAUGAAGCAGGUGGUGGCUCCACUACAAUCGGAUGAGGUUGCAAAGGUGCGAAAGUGGGCUACAGAAUUCGAGAUGACACAAAACAAGUAUUACAAGGAAUUCCUCGAAAUCACGCCCUUCCAAUAUGAGUGCGAGGAGCCCUACACCGUGCUAGACAAGGUAGGCAUGUAA